UGUUCGAAAGAACGAAUUAAUAUAAUAAAAAAUAAUAAUAACUAUCUUUAAUAAAUUUAUUAAGAUUUUCAGUUUUAUUUUAUAAAUCAAAAAAUGAGGUAUAUUGUGUUGUGUUUAGUAUAGUCGAAAGCUUUAAUCUUGUUAUCUAUAUGAGUGGCUAGAGGCUUAUAAGCUUCUGGAUAAUUACGUGCAAUCUAUUUUUGUAUUAAAUAUAUCUAUUAUUAUCAGUCCGUGGUUGAUAGUACCGCUGCUGCGUUAAACGAUGGACGAUAUAGUUUUUGUUGGAGAUUGGGUAAAAGAUAGAGUAUUGGGCUCUGGAAGUUUCGGAAUUGUUGUUUUGUGGAAGCAUAAACAUAAUGAGGAAAAGCUAGCUAUAAAAAUUUGCAAAUGGGGCGAUGAGCUCACCGCUAAGCAUAGAGAACGAUGGACUAAAGAAGUAGAAAUGCUACAGACAUGCAACCAUCCAAAUAUAGUAAGUACGAAACAUAUCCCUUCUGAAUUUGAUACUGGUUUGUCCAAAGCGAAUCCAUCAAAGUUACCUAUACUAUGCAUGGAAUACUGCAGUGGGGGAGAUUUGCGACAGCUACUAAAUAAACCUGAUGCUUCCUGUGGCUUAAAAGAAACUAAAGUCAGAAAAAUACUAAAUGAUAUUGGUAGUGCUAUGAAGUUCCUUCAUACUUAUAAAAUCACACAUAGAGAUUUAAAACCAGAAAAUAUAGUUGUACACCUUCCAAAUGGUAUGCCUGAAGCCAGUGAAGACAAAGUCACAUAUAAAAUAAUAGAUUUGGGUUAUGCUAAAGAAAUUGAUUCUAAUUCCAUAUGUGCUAGCUUUGUUGGUACAUUACAAUAUUUAGCUCCUGAACUAUUUUACAGUAAAACCUACAGCAACUCAGUAGAUUUUUGGUCAUUUGGACUACUUGCAUUUGAAAUUAUUUGUGGAACUAGACCCUUUCUACCAUUUAAAGCACCAGUUGAAUGGAUGCCAUUUGUAAAACAAAAAUUGCAUGAAAAUAUUUGCAUUUAUGAAACCUUUCAUGGCGAUAUUGAAUAUUCCAAUGAGAUAUUUCUUGAAAAUCAUAUAUCAAAACCAUUUAAAGCCUUAAUUGAACAGUGGCUGAAAGUGGCUCUUGAGUGGGAUCCAAAACUUAGAGGAAGAGAUUCACCAUCCAAGGUCACUUUUAAUAUACCAUCUGAAAACAAAGGAACCAGUAUCACUAGCAAAGUUAUCAUAUUUGACAUGUUACAAAGUAUUCUCGAAAAGAAAAUCAUUAAAGUGUUCUGUGUGCCCACAAUAACAAAUGUAUCAUAUGAAAUAUCAGAUACUGAUACAAUAGAUAAUUUAAAACGGUGGAUAACAAAGGAUAUAAAUAUUCCGAGUGAAGAACUAAUAAUAAUUUCUCGGUCUCAUUGUAACGAAAUAGGGAAUGAAGAAAAAAUUAUUGAGUACUGGAAUGAAAAUAACAUAGUAUUAUUUAUAUAUGAUAAGAAGCAAAUGAUACCAGAGAAAAUAUCACCUAUUGUGCCAAUAGCGGUUCAAAGAUGUCUGGAACAUCCUAAGGCUCUUUACAAUUUUAAAAAUAGCCAAACACUGUACAGACAUGCAUUCUUUUUUAUACUCACUCAGAUGGAAUCUUAUGAUUCUCUUAUAACUGCACUGUUUACAAGAUCUGAGUCAUUAAAACAGGAAAGUAAACAGUUGCUUAUCAAGCAUAAUAAUGUUGACAAGAGUUUAGGUAAACUGUUAGCUAAACUAGAAUGUAUUAAAGCUAUGAUUAAGGUAGGAGAAAAACAUAUUGAAGAAUUAAUACAAAAAGGCACAGGUACAAACUUACUGGGUGGAUUUGGGAAAAUAUUCAAGGACUCAAAUGAUUUAAUGGAUAAGGUAGAUAAGUUGACUACUGCAUGGUCUCAGUUGUCUGUUCGACUGCAAUCCGCAGCUAGACGUAGCAAUGAAGGGAUUUCGAAAGACCUGGAUGUUUUCAUUGCCAAAUACAACUACCAAAAUAUUUUUUCUAAGCUUUACACAACAUUUAUUUCUUAUAAUAAGAGUGAUUUCUAUAAUAAUAACAGAGAAAAGGAAAAGCCAUGUCCUGAUAUAGUAAAAGUAUGUUACGACAGUUUGAAAUUUAGAAGUAGAACAUUGCAAGAGCUACAACAUCAACAAUUUCUAUUAAAACUAAAAGAUGUGAGUGUUGAAUUAUCAAAAAUAGCUGGUAUUAUUUCAACAGCUGAGGAGAACACAGGUAGACUUCACACAGAUUUAACAAUUCUUACAGAACAAUUUUCAACAUGUAUAUGGUCAACAAUAAGUGUAGUUGUUACUGAAGCUGACAUUAUUUCGGAUCUGCCAUAUAGUGUUGUUUCUUUUGAAAAGAAAGAUUUUAAAAUUGGGGGACCUGUCACAAACCAUACAUCUCCCCAUCACAACUACAUUCAAACCAAUGGUAACAGUGAUGUAGCUAAAUCUCUAGUCACAGAAAGCCUAAAAUUAAGACAAAAUCAAAUGACAUUAUGUGAAAAGUUAAACAAUCAGAAAAAGGCACUGCAAAACUCUCUUGAGUUUGACUUUUUAUAUGAUGACGAUAGCAUGAAUUGAUGGAAUGAAUGAAAAUGAGUCUAAAAAAGGACUAUGCUUUAAUUUAGUUUAAAGCAUUAUUUAUUUGUGGUAUAGUUUUUAUUAAAUUGAAUUUAUUAGUACUUUUGUAGUAAAGUUGGACAAUGUGUCCUGGAACUGGACAAAAUAAGAAGCACACUUCUACAUUAAGAUAUUAAUACUUUACUUUAAUGUUAUACACACAUAAAAUUCUUCAAACAGGAAUGAAUUAGACUCCUACCAACCAUAUUAUGUUAUGAAGCUCAUAUAGCUAUGAUUUAUUAUUAUAAGCAUAGGUUGUAGUUAUAUAGUUUAUUGUUUAAUAUAAUUGAAUUAAAGAUUGUAUAAAUACUUGUUAUAAGCUAGAAUAUGUGAUUAUUGAUAAAUUUGGUGCUAUUGUUUAAAUUAAGUAUGACUAUUAUUACUAUUGUUAUUCUGGAUUAUUGAAUUUAAUGAUUAAAAAUAAGUUGUGGCUUAACUUAUCAGUAAAAUAGAAGAUAAAGUGUACCUAAAUAACUAUAUUACAACAGAAAAUAUGUAGAUAAUUUAUUUUUGUUAUAAUAUAAAAGGGAGACAAAAAACGAUACAUACUGGUGAUCUGAUGGUUAGUGAUUGCUGCGGCCAUCUUGUAGCACCAGAGGAAUCACAUCCUUGUAAAGUGUUGACUAAACAUACAUACAAAUUUGAAAACACAUUGCUAUGUGGCAGUCAAGGGUAGAAGAGGGGUCAAUGUGGUGACAGUCAAUGGUAGGUAAAUUUAUUGUUUGAACAAAUACUUUUGUUUGUAAGAGAAAUUCUAUGUUUUGAAUCUAGUCAAGGUUUACAUUUUGAGAUUUACAAAUAAAAUAUAAAUUUUAAAUGAAA